AUGAGUGGGCCUUAUGGCGGUGCUCUAUUUUCAGCCACCACCUAUGAUGCGAAUGACUCCAUGUUCCCCUUAGUCUUUGGAGUGAUGAGCUCGAAAAAUUAUGAAGAUUGGUUAUGGUUCUUGGAAAAACUGAAGAUAGUUGUGGGAAACAAGGAAAUUAUUAUUAUCUCAGAUAGACAUCCUGCUUUGCUUUGUAGUGUCCUUGAGGUGUUUGGCAUUGAAAACCAUGCUUAUUGCUACCGUCACCUGAAGGAGAAUUUUAGUAGUUUCUUGUCCAAGCAUAACACACGAGGGAACAAGGGUAAAGAAAAUGCAUUGCAAUUCCUAGAUAGCAUUGCGUAUGGAAGGUUAGAACAUGAUUAUAACGUUUCCAUGUUUGAACUAAAAAAAUACAACGAGGCUUUAGCCACAUGGGUUGAAGAAAAUGCGCCGCACCAUUGGACCAUGUCAAAAUUCCCAAAACAAAGAUGGGAUAAAAUGACCAGGAACCUUGCCAAGUCAUUUAAUGCUUGGUUACGGAUUGAAAGACAUCACUCUAUUUGUAACUUUUUAUUGGAGCACAUGUCCAAGUUAGCUUCUAUGCUUGUGAAGCAUCAAGAAAAGUCCAAGAAUUGGAAAGGGUGUAUAGGGCCAAAAAUUGAAGCUAAGGUGCAGGAAAAUAUUGCAAAGGGUGCGGUGUAUCCAGUCACACCGUUCAUGAAUGGAGUAUUUGGGGUAUGUAUUGGGAGAGCCUUGUUGAAUGUAGACAUUCUGAACCGUACAUGCACUUGUAGGGGUUGGCAAAUGUUGGGAAUCCCUUGUGAGCAUGCCAUAGCCGUCAUUAUUUCCAUUGGUCAAAAUGUUACUGAUUUCGUCGAUGAUUGCUACAAAUACCCAAUGCAAGAGUUGAUAUAUGGGGGCUCUUUUUCCGGCAUAAAGACCCAUGACAUGCCUACUGUGGAUGAUGAUGGUUUGGUUCAAUCUAUCACCGAGGAGGUAUUCUUCUCUCUAAAGCCUCCACAUACAAAGCGCGCUCCCAGAAGGCCAAGGAAGAAGCGCAUUGAGUCUCAAUUUCAAGAUAAACGAACUGUUUAUUGCUCUCGUUGUCAUAUGUCCGGCCACAAUAGAAAAACCUACAAAAAUCCUUUGCCCUAA